GUUUGGGAGCGAGUUCACCUUGACGGGAACACCGGGACAGCGGCAGGUGAGCGGCACCUGCCCGCGCUGGGCCCCCGGGACACCCCGGGACACCCCGGGACACCUGAGAUACACCUGGGACACCCCUGGGACACUCCUGGGACACCGCCGGGACACCUCCAGGACACCUGAGACCCCCCCGGGACACCCCUGGGACACUCCUGGGACACUCCUGGGACACCGCCGGGACACCUCCAGGACACCUGAGACACCCCCGGGACACCCCGGGACACCCCCGGGACACCUAAGACACACCUGGGACACCCCUGGGACACCCCAGGACUUUACUGGGAUACCCCCAGGACACCUGAGACACCCCCGGGACUCUCCUGGGAUACCCCUGGGACACUCCGGGAUAUCCCUGGGACAUUCCCAGGACACCUGAGACACCCCCGGGACACCCCCGGGACACCCCCGGGACCCCCGGAGGCGGCAGGAGCAGGAUGGCAGACGGGCACGGCUGGUGGAAGCUGACGUUCCUGCGGAAGCGCCAGGCAGCGCCCACGGUGCUGUACGAGAGCCCCGACACGGGGCACGGGGCACCGGGAGGGGACAGCGCCGAGGGGACAGGACCGGAGGGGACACCGGGCUACGCCGCCCGCCUGGAGAAAAUCGUGGACAAAACCACCAAGGGCAAACACGUCAAGGUCUCGCACUCCGGGCGCUUCAAGGAGAAGAAGAAAGUGAGGGCGACGCUGGCCGAGCAUCCCAACCUGUGCGGGGCCGGCGAGCGCGAGGAGCAGUGAUGUCGCCGAUGUCGCCGAGCGGAGAGGACUCAGGGUGGGAUUUAUCUGUGGGAUGAUCCGGGAGCCUGCAGGACUGAGCACGGCCAUCCCCGCCCCUCCCCAGCUCCCCAGCGCUGACUGGUUUAUACUGGGAUGACACUCCCGCCAUGGCCCGCCUGGCUCUGCCCCAAUCCCAUUUAGUAUCCCCUCCUCCCGUCACCUUUUGUGCCCAAAUCCCCUCCUCCUGUCACUUUUUGUGCCCAAAUCCUCUCCUCCCGUCACUUUUAGUCACUUUUUGUGCCCAAAUCCCCUCCUCCUGUCACUUUUUGUGCCCAAAUUCCCUCUUCCCGUCACUUUUUGUGCCCAAAUCCUCUCCUCCUGUCACUUUUUGGUCACUUUUUGUGCCCCAGUCCCCUCCUCCUGUCACUUUUCGUCAUUUUUUGUGCUCCAAUCCCCUCCUCCCGCCACUUUUUGUGCCCAAAUCCUCUCCUCCCGUCACUUUUAGUCACUUUUUGUGCCCCAAUCCCCUCCUCCUGUCACUUUUUGUGCCCAAAUUCCCUCUUCCCGUCACUUUUUGUGCCCAAAUUCCCUCUUCCCGUCACUUUUGGUCACUUUUUGUGCCCCAAUCCCUUCCUCCUGUCACUUUUAGUCACUUUUUGUGCCCAAAUCCCCUCUUCCCGUCACUUUUUGUGCCCCAAUUCCCUCCUCCCGUCACUUUUUGGUCACUUUUUGUGCCCCAGUCCCGAGGGGCGUCCUUGCCGAGGACACUUUCCUGACCCUGCGGGGACCGGAGGAUUCCAGGAGGAGCCGCAUUCCGCUGGAAUCUCUCCCUGGAAGUGGGGAGCGCACCCCGAGGCUCCUCGCGCCUGCUGCUAAUUAAUGUGGUUAAUAAACCGAGCCUGGGGG